GAUGUUCUCCUUCGAGGUGGACAGAGCCGCCCACAGCGUUCCCAUCAUCAGGCAAGUGUGGACCAACGCGGCAGAACUGUCGGAACAAUCAGUGGCCGAGGAAAUUCCUGGGGCAGAGCCCUACAGAGAAAUUUUUGUGGACCAGGACCUGUCCCAGUACGAUAAGGAUGAAAUAAUUCGGCUGCUGGGAAAAGAAGUCAGCCGUCUCUCCGAUUUUGAACUUGAAUCUAAAUACAAAGACACGGUGAUAGCAAGCCUGCAGAACCAAGUGGCCAACCUGAGGCAGAAGCUGUUGGAAACAGCCACCUCCAGGCAGAAGGAGAGGGUGAUCCCGCCCAAGUUUCAGGUUCUGCAUGAAGAGGACGAUGCCCAACAGAGAGAGAUCCAGAGCUUGAAAAACCAGAUCAGUGCCCUACAGCAAGGCUACAACCAGGUGCUGAGCCAGACCCUGGAAAUCACCUCCCUGAAGCACAAGGCCGAGAACUUAAGGAGGGACGCCGCCAUCACGUCAGAGAUGGUGUCAUCUUUGCAAAGAGACCUGUUAGUAAAGGAUGGUCAAGUUCAACAACUACAACAGGAGGUGAAUCAACUGAAAAGUGAGAACAAAGGAAAGGAUCACCAGCUCGAAGCCCUCAGCUCCAGAUGCUCAGUGCUGAAAGAAGAGUUACAGAAGGAAGAUGCCCAGAAGGAGAAGUGGGAAGCCCAAGAGAAAGAGUUAAAACUCUGCAAAACACAAAUCCAUGACAUGGAAAAAGAAAUGAGGAAGCUCAGGGUGGAGCUGAAAAGGAGCAGUACCGAGCAGAGCCUGAUCUCUAUGACGCUGCGGGAAAAGAGCAAGGUGGAAGAGAAGCUUCGGGAGGAUUCCAGAAGGAAAUUGCUUCAGCUGAAAGAAAUGAGGAACAGAGCAAACCUCAUUAAAGCCAAUUUGGAAAGGGCAGUAGGUCAGUUACUAGAAAAGAGCACCAGGGUCACAGAGGACAAUAGCAACGUUUGGCAGCAAAAGCGGACCCUGCAGAAGGAGACCCAGCUCAGCAGCUGCAAAGAGGAGGAAAUCACCCAGAACAUCAAGAAGCUGAAGACAUCCUUAGACAGUUGCCAGGCAUGCAUGACAAUGUCUUGCUCUAGCAAUGACCUGAAGAAGGAGGUCGACCUCCUACAGCACCUGCAGGUGAGCCCACCUGUCUCAGGGCUCCAGAAGGUGGCACUGGACAUCUUGCGCCUGUCACUGUCCUGGCUGGAGGAAACGGAGCAUCUCCUCCACGAGGUGGGGAUCCAGUUCUCCAGCUCCGACAAAGAUCAUAAGGACCACAUGGAUCGAUCAUUUCUAGACUUAAAGACCCUCGGGAUGGAAAAACAUGUUCAGAAAAUAUUGGAUGUAAAACCUGACUUGCCACCUUUUUCAAGAGUAGAGAUCCGAACACUUCAAAAUGGCCUUUCCAGCCCAGGGUCCAUCAUGGCCACUGAGAAGUUAUGGAAAACGGAUGUGGCUGAGGCUUUAGAUCUUAGUGAAAAGCUGUACUUGGAUAUGAGCAAAACCCUCGGGACUAUGAUGAACAUCAAAGAUAUGUCAGGUCACGUGUCCAUGAAACACCUCUCCCCAAAAGAGAGGGAGAGAGUCUACCAGCUUCGACAAAGAGACCUCUACCUGGUGUUUGAUAAGAUCACCCUUCUCAAGAACCAGCUGCAGAGGAAAGAAGAGCUUUUGAAACGAUACGAGAAGGACAUUGAACAGCUCAAGUAUGGCCCAUGUCCCCAGCAAAAGGCCCAGGCCUCCAUUCUCCAGGCUAAACCUCGGGGCAGCUCCAGACCCGUAGGGAUCAGGACAAGAGGACAGAGGCCUGGGUGUGGAGGGGGGAGGCGGGAUGGUGACUCAGGGCCUGAUGGACCCAAGUCUCUGGGCAAGAAAGCAGCAGUUAAAGUACCGUACUGUUAA